GCUAUAUCUUCCUCAUGCACUUCCUUAAUGAGUAAGCAUACCACACCACCUAACCAUACACAAAAAAGGUGGUCAUGAAAUUAUGGGACCCACUGGAUAUCCAGCCGUUGAUUUCAUCCUCACUAUUUCCCCAAAAUGCCCCUCAUCUUGACACCUCGAUUCCUCAAACAAUCACUUAUUCAAGGAAAAAAAAGUGCUUAAAAGUUGCACAUCUCCUCUGUCGUUUUGCUUCCUAAAAAGCAAAAGAAAACACAAUUCAAAUUAAUAACACCCAAAAUCAUAACUUUAGAUUCAACAUUCAGCUUUCCCCCAACUCCACUUCCAUCUUUAUUUAAGUAAUCAAAACUCAAUUUAAUUUCUCUUCAUUCCAAAGAAAAAAGAAAAAAAUGGAUUCUCCAACACACACAACUGAUUCUCCAACAAUCAAACAAAGCAAACUAUCUCCUCUCUACCAGAUUGUAUUACCCAAGAACCACCACCAGAAUCUAACGCCCGAUUCCCUACUGUACAUCAGCAAGUUCAGAUCGAAGGAGAAACCGAUCCUCAGGCAUCCUCGUAAAACCAAGCCCAUAGUAUGGUGCGCCGCCAUCAUAUGCAUGAUAAUCAGCAUCCUCAUAAUCUUCUCCGGCAUAGCAACUCUAAUCGUCUUUCUCGCGGUCCAACCAAGAAAUCCGGCGUUCGACGCCGCAUCGGCCAGCCUCGGUGCCAUCACUUUCAAUCCACCGCAGUCUAUCAACGGCGAUGUAACAAUCGUGGCAAAUAUUUCAAACCCGAACAAGAAAUUGAGCGUGAGAUUCGAGUACCUGUUCGUUGAGCUCUACUUUUCGGAAAAUCUGGCGGCGAGUCAACUUCUUCAGCCCUUCAGCCAGAAGCCUGGAGAAUCUCGUUUGGUGACGAUUCAUUUGCUAUCGAGCUUGAUGUAUCCACCACCGAGUGUUGCUAUGGAACUUCAACAGCAGGAGCAGAGGAACAGGGUCGCCUUUACCGUUAGAGGAACUUUUAAGGUUAAAGUGAAGAUGGGAUCGAUUCGGUAUUCUUAUUGGCUGCAUGGAGAGUGUCAACUGGAAAUGACGAGUCCGCCAAACGGUGUGUUGAUUACUAGAAGUUGCAGAACCAAGAGGUAGAGGGAAGAAAGGUCUUGCCUUUUUAUAUGCUUCAAUUAUUUUUAUAUAUACAUUAGGACUCGAAGAAAAAAAAAACGGAAGUAGUUUUUAGUAUAAACAUCUUUACGGUGAACAUUUGUUUGUAGUGCAUCGAUCGGCUUAAAGGGUUCUUAUUUGUCUCAAAAUUAGGGGAUAUUUACACCUAGCAUUCGAAU